CCAAGGAUCACCACAAGCUCCUCGACAGCACCUCCUGAACGCAAUCCGGGCACUCUCGACUGCGCCCUUGACGACACCGAUGGGCUAGCCUGACGACAACAGCUAGCGACACCAGCCGGCAUGGCGUCUCCCGACACGACCACCACCGCCACAGCGACCUCGCUGCUCAACCUCAAUGAGCUGGUCUCGAACCCCGUCUUUGCGGGCGGCUUUGGCCUCGCGUCCCUCGGCGCGGUCCUCGCCUUCGCCCGCAAGGGCGUCGUGAGCGCAGGGGGUCUCUUGCGGCGGCGCAUGCUCGUCAAUGUCGAGAUCAGCCGCCAGGACCCUGCGUAUCCGUGGGUGCUCGCCUGGCUGUCGGAGCCGCGGCAGCAGACGUCGUUCCUCGCCAAGAAGCUCACGCGGAUCAACAAGCUGUCCGUCACCACCACGACCUCCUCGACCCCCAACGGCCCGACGCACGCCAGCUUCUUCCUGCAGCCCGGCUACGGGCGGCACAUUGUGCACUACAAGGGCGCCUACAUCGCCGUGAACCGCGAGAAGCAGUCGACCGCAAAGCUCAACACGGGCGAGCCCCACGAGACCCUCGAGCUCACGACGCUCUACAGCCACCGCCACAUCUUUGAGCACGUCUUCACCGAGGCCCGGCAGCUCGCGCUGCAGGCGCACGAGGGCAAGACGGUCGUCUACUCGGUGCGCAACUUUGACUGGGUGCCCCUGGGCCAGCCGCGCAUAAAACGGCCCCUGCACAGCGUGGUGCUCGACAAGGGCGUCAAGGAGGGCAUCGUCGCCGACGUCAGGGACUUCCUGAACCGCAGGUCGUGGUACGCGGACCGCGGGAUCCCGUACCGCAGGGGCUACCUGCUCUACGGCCCGCCCGGCAGCGGCAAGAGCUCCUUCAUCCAGGCCCUGGCCGGCGAGCUCGACUACGGCGUGGCCAUGGUCAACCUGAGCGAGGUCGGCGUCACCGAUGACAAGCUGGCCUUCCUGCUCACCAAGCUCCCCGAGCGCACGAUCCUGCUCCUCGAGGACGCCGACUCGGCCUUUGUCAACCGCCGCCGGCGCGACGAGGACGGGUACGCUGGCGGCACCGUCACCUUCUCAGGCCUCCUCAACGCCCUGGACGGCCUGUCCGCCGGCGAGGAGCGGAUCGCGUUCCUCACCACCAACCACAUCGAGAGGCUCGAUCCCGCGCUGAUCCGGCCCGGCCGGGUGGACCUGAUGCUGCGCAUCGGCGAGGCGUCACGGUACCAGGCAGGCCAGAUGUGGGAUCGGUUCUACGGGGAUGUCGACACCCAGGGGGUCAACCGUGAGCGCUUCCUCAAGAGACUUGACGAGCUUGGGCUGUUCAGCAGCAGCAGCAGCAGCAGCACUUCACUGUCGCAAUCUGGGGAGGGCGAGUCUGGUACAGACGUCGCUGGUGGUGGUGGCGAGAAGCCCAUCGGUCCGAGGACCAGCACGGCGGCUAUCCAGGGCCUGUUCCUGUUCAACAAGAACGACAUCGAGGGCGCGAUCGCCAUGGCGGAGCACCUGAUUCCGAAAAAGAUCGAGGCUGAGCCGCAGCCAUGAUGAUGUUGGGGCUAUUUUUAUUAAGGGUUCAUGAUGUAUACAUAGGCUGGGAGGUGAACCAAAACAAAAUGUCACUUAGGCGCUGUAAUAAUAUUGUAUCAAGAAGGUUGGACAUCCGGAAAAGCGCAAAGGGUUUGUAAGAAUAUGAGAUCUGAUCAUAGAAGAAGCAGAAGAGGCCGAAGAUACCCCCAUGCGAAAAAUGCAAUCGCACAUUCUGCGCAUUAUCAAAUCAGAUCGUCAUGCCUGCUCACCUGAACCAUGGCAGUCUCUUACAAUCACAGUGCCCCGUACUCACUUGGGUUGCCCCCCAUAAAUGGGUUUGGGGGUCUUGCACGCCCGGC